CAUCCUCCCGCGAGUGUCGGAGCGGGACCAGAGUCGGAACCUGGGCGUGGCGCCGGGCGGCCCUUUCAUGCGUCCCUCCGCGUCCGUGGCGCUCGCGGCCAAAGGACCAUGGCAGGAAGAGUGAAAUGGGUCACAGACAUUGAGAAGUCAGUGCUGAUCAAUAACUUUGAAAAGAGAGGAUGGGUCCAGGUGACAGAAAACGAGGACUGGAAUUUUUACUGGAUGAGCGUGCAAACCAUCCGAAAUGUGUUCAGUGUGGAAACCGGGUACCGGCUGUCAGAUGAUCAGAUCGUCAACCAUUUCCCCAACCACUAUGAGCUGACGCGCAAGGACCUGAUGGUGAAGAACAUUAAGAGAUACAGGAAGGAGCUGGAGAAAGAGGGCAGUCCUCUGGCCGAGAAGGACGAGAACGGGAAAUACCUCUAUCUGGACUUUGUUCCGGUCACCUUUAUGCUGCCUGCCGACUACAACCUGUUCGUGGAGGAGUUCAGGAAGAGCCCGUCCAGCACCUGGAUCAUGAAGCCCUGUGGCAAGGCGCAGGGGAAGGGCAUCUUCCUCAUCAACAAGCUGUCGCAGAUCAAGAAGUGGUCCCGGGACAGCAAGACGUCUACGUUUGUGUCUCAGUCCACAAAGGAAGCUUAUGUGAUCUCGCUCUACAUCAACAAUCCGCUGCUCAUCGGUGGGCGGAAGUUUGACCUGCGCUUGUAUGUCCUGGUGUCCACGUACCGCCCACUGCGCUGCUACAUGUACAAGCUUGGGUUCUGCCGGUUUUGCACAGUGAAAUACACCCCGAGCACCAGCGAGCUGGACAACAUGUUUGUCCACCUCACCAACGUGGCCAUCCAGAAGCACGGGGAGGACUACAACCACAUCCAUGGGGGCAAGUGGACAGUGAGUAACCUGCGGCUCUACCUGGAGAGCACCCGUGGCAGGGAGGUGACCAGCAAGCUGUUUGACGAGAUCCACUGGAUCAUCGUGCAGUCCCUCAAGGCUGUGGCGCCGGUGAUGAACAAUGACAAGCACUGCUUUGAAUGCUAUGGUUAUGACAUCAUCAUCGAUGAUAAGCUGAAGCCCUGGCUGAUUGAGGUUAACGCAUCCCCGUCUCUCACCUCCAGCACCGCCAACGAUCGAAUCCUUAAGUACAACCUGAUUAAUGACACCCUCAACAUUGCGGUCCCUAAUGGGGAGAUCCCAGAUUGCAAAUGGAACAAGUCCCCGCCAAAGGAAGUGCUUGGCAAUUAUGAAAUCCUGUACGAUGAGGAGCUGGCCCAGGGUGAUGGAGCUGACCGAGAGCUCAGAAGUCGCCAGGGUCAGCCACCGGGACCCAAAGCAGGCCGGUCAAGAGACUCAGGGAGAACUGUCCUCACCACCUGGAAGUGACUGCUAGCUGGAAGGAGAGGACCCAGCUUGAACCUUUUCAAAACUAUUCACCUGCCCCAGGCCCUGCUGAAAACCUAUUUUGGAUUCCCUUUUUCUAGAGUGCUUCUCCUGUUCUGAGCCCUAUAAAUAAAUAAAUGUGCU